AUGGCACCAUCGCACAGAUUUUUAACAGACCUUUCUGAUGAUAUGGCUGAAUUAUUAAAUACAGGUGCUGGUUACGAUGUUGUAAUUCAAGUCGGAGAGGAACCAAAUGUUAAAGAAUUUAGAACACAUUCAGUAAUGCUAGCAGCAAGGUGUCCAUAUUUUCAAACUGCACUGUCAAGUAAAUGGGCUAAAAAACAAGGAGAUAUUUUUGUAUUUCGCAAGCCAAAUAUUUCUCCAAGAACUUUUAAGGAAAUCUUACUAAAUCCUGCAAAAAAUUUGUUACAAUGGACUGAUAAAAAUUUUAUUGCAUUAAGAGAAUCAUUAAAUGAUUUAAUUCCACUUAUUAGAUGGAUACACAUUUCUUCUAGUGAUUUCUUACAUAAAGUUCGUCCUUUUAAAAAACUUUUACCUCAAACUCUUUAUGAAGAGAUUUUAAGUUAUCAUUUGGAUUCUGGUAAUAAGCCAACUUCUCUUGAAAUUCUUCCACGAAAGGGUCCAAUUUUUGAUUCGAGUUUGAUGGACCAUCAACAUAUUGAUCCUCAGCUUUCUGAAAAUUCUGCUAGUAGUCCUAAUAAUAAUAGUACAAGUGGUGGUAGUUGGUGGAAGACUUCUUCAAGUUUUUUAUUUUCUUUUAAUGACUUAGAUUUCAAAAUAGCUAGAGUCGAACGACCACAAUAUGCAAUUUAUUAUGAUAGAAAAUAUGGUCCUGGAUGGGGUUACUCGGGAGAUUUGAUUAUUAAAGAUUCUGGUUCAAUCUAUAAUAGUCAGAAAUCCAUGACUUAUCCUGAUGCUUCAAAAUUUUUCCCUUAUACGACUUCAUCAGAAUAUGAUAUUGAUGAAUAUGAAGUUUUUCAAGUUGUAAGAAAACCUGGAUUUAAAACAAAGAAUAGAGCAAGAUAUUAUUCUCGUGAGAUAGUACGAACGUUGAAGAGACAGAAUUGGAAUUAUUUUUUCAAAGUUUUAAUUAUGAUAAUGUUUACGUUAUUCAUUGGAUGGAUGAUUAUUAAAUAUGAGAUUCAUUGGAAG